AUUAAUUGUUCUAUAUUUUUGCAGGUUUGGUUUCAAAAUAGAAGAGCGAAAUGUCGAAAACACGAAAAUCAAAUGCAUAAGGGAAUUUUAUUGAGCAGUCGAAGUCCGCCGGUGUCGACGCCGCUCGAGCCUUGUCGUGUUGCACCUUAUGUUAACUUAGCCAAUAUCCGCAACACCAAUACGGCGAUGAUUCCCUCAUCAAAUGGGCUCUGCAGUGUGCCGCAGCAAACCGGCGCCAAGAGCGCCGUCAAUAUAAUUAAUAAACGGCCUCCAUCUCCUAUAUCCGUUGUAACGGCCGCUGCUGAACAUUUUUCAGGCAGCGUUGCAGCAGCGGCUGCAUUCUCCGCCUUCGAUCCAGCUAUACUCUCAGCUGCAGCUCAUCAGUAUGCAGCGGCAAUAAACAAUAGAAGUAGACCCGCUGGACUUUUUCCGUUGCCGCAAUAUCCACUUCACUUGGCUGCCUUUGCUGCAGCGCACAAAAAUUCUAGCAUAGCGGAUUUACGCAUGAAAGCGAAAAAGCAUUCGGAAUCGUUGGGGCUUGAAGCAGAUAUAGUUAUUUAGUACAUAAUUUUGUGUAUUUAAAUUAGGCUUAGAUUAGUCUAAAGUUGUCUAUUUUAAGACAAUUUACUAUUUACAUAUACAUACUGAUAUUUGAAAGAAAAAUUA